CGCCGUCUUCCUUCAGUUCAUCACAUGAUGAAAAAAAUCCAAUGGAUGGAUCAUCAUGCUGAUUGUUGACAAAACACUAUCAACUUUCGCCAGAAUUAUUUCGUUUUUCUAUAUUUUCUUACAACAAUGUAGUAUUUUUCAUUUGCUUUUUUGUUUAAACCGAAAGUUGAAUGCUGAAGGUAUGAAUCGGAUCACUCGGAAACGUGAAGGCGAAGCCGCCUUCCCUGCUCUGACGCUAUUAACCUCAGAUAAUUAUGUGGAAGACAUGCCGAAAAUGAGCAUUAUCAAUUCCAACGAAUUCACCAUAGGACGAGCUUUAGAUAAUCAUUUCGUUAUAAUGAGAAAAUGUAUUUCGAGGAGGCAUUGCUCUAUUCAUUUUGAUGAAGAAACCAAUAAAUGGAACAUCCUCUCACAUGUUCGAACGCGUAAAGCAGUCACCGUCCAAGGUACCGAUAUGCAGCUUGGAGAAUCUGUAACAUUAGAAUGUGGCCACCAAAUCCAUGUCACGCCAUUUUUUUUAUUCAAUUUUAUAUGCGGCCAAUGUGAGCAGUGUUCUAAGAACAAGAAGAUGCGACUGUCUACCGACUUGCAAAAGGAAGCAAAAGAAGCAGAUUCCACCGACGACCCGUACGCUGAUCCUGUGCCAUCUUGCAGCAAGAAACUGGAUACCAUUAAUCAUGAUGAAGAAAUUCGAAAAAGUAAAGAAACGAUAGCGUGGCAAGAGUCACGAAUAAAAGAGCUAGAGAUGAAAUUGAAGGAGAACGAGAAACGAGAGAUAGCUUUUCAGACGUUACAAGAAGAAACAGCUUUACUCGAAGUAGAGUACAAAACUGUACUUGAAAGAGAUAAAAAUCGCGAAGAAGACUCCCGCAUUAAGGAUGAGCUGCAGGCAAAAAUAACUGCCCUGGAGGAAGAACUUCAAAGCCUCAAAGAUGAUAACGCUAAUCUCAUCAACGACAUAUGUGCGACGGUGGAUGAUCUUGCCAAGAUGACUGAUAAAUGCAAUAACUUGGAAGAACAAUUGAAGCAAAAAACUGCGAUCUCGCUCAGCAGUCCAUCUACAAGUAGUACAACUUUCACUCCAAAUGUGGUCACAAUUCCUACGAAGUGCAAUGAAUUGCUACCUACGCAACCUUUUGAAAUCCUUAAAAAUUUAUUCAAGGCUGCGCCGACAAAUAGCCAUGAUGGCAUUGUUCUGCGAAGGUUGGCUGUAGAUCAUGGCGCCAUUCCAUUAAUUUUGGAAUGUUUAGCGAUGUUUACUCAUAAUUCCGAAACUAACUCUACAACAACGACUUCUGUAAACCAAAAUACGAAUUAUACUGCUGUAAGUUCUUCAAGCUCCUCGAGAAAAUCUAAGAAAUCCAUAUCUAGAUCAUCGAGACAGUAUUGGGCUAAAGGAACUGGCUAUGCUAGCGGUACAACAACGACUUCGUGGGAUUUUACCCAAACCCUAAAUAAACAGCGUCUCGAAGAAGAACGUAUCUCAUUACUGUUACAGAUUUUAGCCUACUUCGUUAAUUCUGAUCCCAAAAUACUAGAACGGCCAUCCGAUAUUCUAGAAGAAGUAGAUAAUUUAAACGAAGACUCUACAUCGGCUGAUCAACCUUUAUUACCGAUUGUUUUCGUAGAAUUAAUCGAACAGUCAUGUUUGUUACCAGUGCUAGCGUCGUAUCUGCGCAAUGAUUCGGUUCUCGAUAUGGCUCAGCACAUUCCGCUUUAUCGAGCAAUUCUCGUACUGCUGAGAGUGAUGUCAUUUAGUUCCCAAAUGGUGCAGUUCUUGUUGCCUGAUGCGGAGAAGUCUAUUUCCAUUGUGGAUUUGUUACGCGGCAUUGAAAGUUGCGUUGAUACGUAUUCAGCUACAUUACAGAAAAAAGGAAUUAAUUUAUCCUGUUCAGAAGAUCAAGAUUUGAAGGAUUUUGUUUCGGAUGUUCGAACGACUACUAGAAUAGUAGAGAUUAUGACGGUGAAAGUAAUUUCAAUUAUCAAUCCCCAAUGUGGGGCUCCGUCGGCGUCGCCGUCCCCUCACAAACCGGUCUCAAUAGAAGAAAUUUAUCUACGAAUUAUGAAAAAAUUGCAAUUCGGAACAUAUGAUAUGAUUUCCGCGAAUCCGGAAUUCGAUGGGUAUGAUUUCAAUGUUUCUUACCACUAUGAGAGAAAUGCUCGGUUGGAUGGGGACAAAAAUCGUCCGGCGAGAACUAAGAGACUAGCCCAGGAAACGUCCACCAUCUCUACUUCGUUACCGCUUUCUUACAGUUCCACUGUUUUCGUGCGUUGUGAUACUGAUAGACUGGAUGUGAUGAAAGUUCUGAUUAUAGGCCCCGCAGAAACGCCUUACGCCAACGGAUGCUUCGAAUUCGACGUGUAUUUCCCACCAAGUUAUCCCAAUGUGCCUAUGUUGAUUAAUUUACGAACGACGGGCAGAGGUUCGGUGAGAUUCAACCCGAAUCUUUAUAACGAUGGUAAAGUUUGUCUCAGUGUCUUGAACACUUGGACAGGCAGACCAGAAGAAAAGUGGAAUUCCCAAACAUCUAGUUUUUUGCAAGUUUUAGUAUCAAUACAAUCACUCAUUCUUGUCCCCGAUCCGUAUUUCAACGAGCCAGGUUUUGAAAGAACGAGAGGUACAUCCCUUGGGGAUCAAAGUUCGAAGAUGUAUAAUAACAACAUCAUGGCAUCUACUCUUCAGUGGGCCAUGAUCGAGCAAAUAAGGAAUCCGUCUCAAUGCUUCAAAGAAAUUAUCCAUGCGCAUUUUUGGCUGAAAAGAACCGAGGUUAUCAGCCAGGUAACCGAUUGGAUCAAGCAAGCUCCUGAAAUCAGUUCUAUGAAGUCCAAUCUUGAAAUUUUAAGGGGACUGAUUGAAGAUUUAAAAAAGCCUCCCGGAGUUGGCGAUAAUGAAAGAGGCGAAUUCGAAGCUUCGCCUGAGCCAGAACCGAUCCCGAGUACCAGCGCUGCUGCAUCUGGCUCUAGGUCCUCGACUACUUCCUGGUAUAAAAUGAUACAAUCGACGACUUCGGGCAUUUUUUCGAGCUCUAAAUAAUCUUCCAUCGAUCGUUGUUUCGGUUCUUUGCUGAAAGAAGACUUAUUUAUUCUGCUUCCUAUUCUUGUGUUCCUUUUUUUAUGUGCACCUAAAUAUGGUCAAAGUCCAAAGUCCUUCGCUCAUGUAAAUUUACGAACAUCGAGUUACAAUUUCCAACAAUGUGUGGUGUGCUGGAGGCGACUCUAAUGACAUCAAACAAUUUUUUUCAUGAAAAAAAAAAGUUUACAAAUUAUGACUCAUAUGGAAAGUUAAUUCUUUUUGUUUCAAAUUAAGGGAAUGUUUUUUUCUAUCUUGAUAUUUAUUUUCAUUUUGUAGCGUUCGUUGUUUCGCUUUCGUUCUAUAAAAUAAUUUUUGUUCUCUUUUCCUUGCGUUGUCAAUAAUGUUAUCUCGGUGCUCGUAUUCAGUUUCAAAGUUUCAUACCUAUUUUCAUGUCGUUUCGUUAUUUGUAUUCGUUACAUGUUUCUCUUUUCGUCCUAUUCCUGUUCGAUUAUGGAUAAUACACGAAGAAUGAGGGCCACUGGAGCCUGAACAUUAAUUGUACCUACACGUAAUUUUCAAUCGUGACAUUUUUUUUUUGUAGUUUUGAUGUGUUUUUUAUCGUUGUUAUAUCAGUACAAAUGUAUUUAUAUUUUAUUUUCUCAUGUAAUAUUGUUUCGUAUUUAAUCCGUUAUAGAAUUAUUUGCGAUCUUUUCUAAUUAUGUUAAAUCAUGAUUGAUUACCUACUUGUUUUAGUUGGUUAAGCGUUCCUAUUGCAAGUCGGAUAACUCUUGAUUAAAGUGUGUUUAAUUGUUGUUAACACGUUGUCAGCAUUGUAUUGCUGCGAGAUGAAAUCUUCAUCUGAAAGAAUUGAAUUUUCCUAAUUUUUCUCGUUUAUAGUCAUUAUAAUUACGAAGUUUCUUGAGAGCUUGUUUGCUCUUAUUAGAUUACUAUUCACGUUUGGAUCUCAACUUGGUCAAUUUUUUCUGGCAAUAUUCCUACGUAAAUCGAGUAAUAUUUCAAACUUGAUGGUAAUCACCUAUCAAACACAUGUUUUCAGAGUUCAUUACUUCGGUACAGUUUACUUGUUUAGAUCAUUAUAAUUGUACUUAUAUAUUUUUUUCUAAUGUGAGUUGGCAUUGUUUUUCGUGACAUUUAUUUGAUAAAGAUAUUUGGCCCGUAUUUCGAAUUCGAGUAUUAUAUGCGAAUCUGUAUUGAAUGGUCUUAUGAAAUUGCACUGACAUCGAUUUCAUUUUUUUGAAAAUUUUUCUAAAAAGCAAGACAAUAAAUCAGAUGGAAUGUAAUAUAUUUUUUAUAUCGUUUAUGAAUAUCUUUAAUACCUAUUAAUUUUUACAUUUUACUCAACUGAUUCAUCAUUUUGACGAAUCAAUCGAUGUCCUUGAAGAAAAAUCGUAUGCGUUUUGAAUGCGAUUGUUUUCAAAUUUUAAAUAUGAAAGAAAUUUUUUCAUCUAAAAAUACUAAUGGAUUGAGUUUUUUUUAGUUCUCAAACCUGGUAAAACCCUUUGAAGUAUGCCAGAUCUUAAGUAGUUAACUUCACAUUUUCAUCUCUCUUUCUUUUCUGUGGAAGACGAGGGUAAAUUUUUCAAAUUUUAGCAUCUGGAAAACUUCUGCGUUGGCAGAUGAAAAAUUUCAAUUACUUAGACUUACUCAAAUUCUUAUCUACCUCCCUAUUAAGUUUUCUUAAAAAUUGUUGAUAUUGUUUUAAUAAUUGUAAACUUACUCGUAUUUUAUAAUGGAAGCAGUUCAUUUUACCGACGUGUUUUUUUUUUUUUUUAUUUAUUCUGAUUAUUGUUGUACUUAUUUAGUUAUCCCAACAUGUGUAUGCACACCUUUAAACCAUGGUACAUUUGUAGGCGAUGUUUUCAAGUGUCAUGUGUUCAUUUUUUAAUUAAAUUGCGAUUUAAGUGAAUUUUUAAAGUGUUUUUAUAAUAAACACGAUCUUUGUAGUA